GCCAACCCUCUGGCUCGCCGUAGAAAAGCGAAAGCGUCUGAAUGAAAAUGUCAUCAAUGAAGCUGGGGUCGCUGCUGAGCCGCGGAGCGCUGCUCGCUGCUGCUGCUGCCGGGGAGGAGAAGAAGGAGAGGAGGAGCCGCAGCAUCAGCAUCGAUGAGCUGCCGUCUCUCUACACCUGUCCUGAGGCCAAGCCUGUGCAGGCGGAGCCGGAGGCGGGGCAUCUGGAGAGGGGCGUGGCUUCUCUGAGGAAGUGGGCGGAGCCACACACCAGCCAGGCUCAGCAAACAGUCCAGACGGGGGUGGAGAAGGUGGAGCUGGUUUACGGGAAGAUGGAGCCGAGUAUCAACACAGGGGUUUCAGCCGUCACCGACGGGUUCCGGUUCCUCAGAGACCCUCCUCCGGACCUGUACCCCAGCCUGGCCGUGGGGGGCCUGGCCGGGUUCCUGGGACUCUACCUGGCCCGAGGCUCCAGGAUCCGGCGGCUUCUGUUCCCGCUGGGACUGGUGACGCUGAGCACCUCCAUGUUCUACCCACAACAGGCCGCCGCCGCGCUGAAGACGGGUCGGGACUCGGCGGUGGCCUGGGGUCAGCAGGGACGCGUUGCCGUGGAGACGCUGUGGAAGGACCCGCCCUUCAGCAGGAAAAAGUCGGGGAAACCUGAGAAGGCUGAGCGGACGGAGAGCAGCGACCGCAGCAGCUGAAGAACCUGUGACCCCCCACGACCUCCGACCUCUGACCUCCAAAGUUCUCACCUGCAGACCUGCUCACUUUCACCCCUCCUUCUCCUUAUUCUAGUUCUUUCACUGUCAUCCCUCCUUCUUCUACUUCUGUCUCUUCCUGUGUUUUCUGGACCAAACCGUUCCGACGUUCCACCAGCAGCUGCUACAGGAACGUAGAUGAACUUAGAGGAACGUAGAGAUUUAUUUAUUCGUGUAACUUGAAGCUUCCAGACGUGUAAGCAGCCGCUGGAAGCCGCCAGACGCCUCCUGGGUGGAGGACGGCGCCGGUCGCUCCAGGCCGACGCGCUGAGACGCGCUUGGAUCCACCCGUCGUCUGGAGGAGCCUCUGUUGCCGUGGUUACGGCCGGGGGGCCCAAGCAUGCUCAUGUCUGGGUUCACCGUCAUUAAACGUGAUGUUCACCACCCGUGUCUCAGAGU